UCCAGGCUCCUUACUACAGUUUAUAGGAGACUGUUGAGUGCUAGUUUAUCUUCAAAUGUGUCGUAGCUAUGUUGACUUUCUGUCGGAGGAAAGCUAUCUCCUUUGGCAACAAUAUUUUUUUAACUCAAUCAAGAACCACAGUAAAAUUAGUAGACUACAUUUUAUCUUCAAAAGGUGUUUGAUGUUUUUUUUGGGGGGAGGGGAGGGAGAGGAGGCAUGGUUGGCCUCAUAGAUCAAGAGAAUCAUAAUUCUGAUCGCAUAAGCAACCAACCUUGAAAGUGCUUGUAACCUUAUAAAGCAGCACCUCAGCUAACAGACAAAGUUUGUGAUACAAGCAAACGAUAAAGUAUGAAACAGAAUAGCUUCAUUUGGCAGCCUUCUGUUUCUUCGUAGCCAUUCCAUUUUUGAUUCAGCUUCCGCUCUACUCUCUUGUUGGCUUGUUGCUCAUGAAAUCCCCCUUUAUAAAUUCCGAUCUCUACGUACCAUUUCUGUUGCCCUGUACAGAAGUAAAGAAUUCAUAUAGACAGAGAAAGAGAGUGCUGCUUUAUAGAUUGAUAACAUUAACACAGAGGAAGGAGAGGGAAGAUGUCGGAUUGGGGUCCGGUGUUUGUAGCGGUGGUGCUGUUCGUGCUGUUAUCGCCAGGUUUGCUGAUUCAGGCGCCGGGUCGCAACCGAUUCGUUGAGUUCAGCAACUUUCAAACAAGUGGGGUGUCCAUACUGGUUCACUCUGUUGUCUACUUCGCCCUCAUGUGUAUCUUCCUAUUAGCCAUUGGAGUCCACUUAUAUAUGGGUUCCUAGUAGUUAGCGCAUCUUUUCAUCGAGCUGGUUGAAUGGCGGACUGGGGACCAGUGAUCAUUGGGGUGGUACUCUUCAUACUGCUGCAG